AUGGAAGAUCGGGACCGACUCCAGCUCAAUUACAACGCAUGUGCCAUGUGCCGGCGCAGGAAAUUGAAAUGUGAUAGGAAUCAACCUCAUUGUGGCCUUUGCUCACGUCUAGGAAAAAGCUGUACCUAUGUCGCAAUACGCAAGAGGAGCGGUCCGAAACGAAAGCUCUUACAAGAGCUAGACAUACGCCUGACCAAAAUUGAAGAGCUUCUUAAAGAGAAAGAUUCUUACCAUGUGGUGCAAUUGCCCUCUUCGUCAUCUUUAUUUGUGAAUCAGCGUAAUAUGCCUCUAUCUGGACACUUCGGCUUCCCUUCAUCACACUCACCGCGGCUUGAAAAUUCUCUGUUUGGUCCCACGCAACAUUUUGCAAACGGGAAGGAAGCUCGUCGGGCCAGCCAUACACACUUUACGGUGGUUCCUGGCAAUACAAGCAAUUCUGAAUCGAACUCUGUUGGCCUGGCCUUAGGGGAGCAACUUCCCUCCCAGGACACCAUUCGUGCCCUGUAA